AAGCGUUAAUUUUGCAACAUAUAAUAUUGCCAUAGGAUUUUUUUUAUUUUCUGUAUUUGCCCUACGUCACAAACGUAUGUAUGAUGUAAUAGACCAUGCUAUAAGUAUGCAAAAGAACAAAAUUGUGGAAAUUUGUGGUUUUAAUAACAAUAAAAAAAAAACAUUUAAACGUGUUUAGAUAUUUUUAAGUUUAAAAAUGUAGGUAUCGUUUUUAUUACAAACUUAUUAGUAUGCCUGCGGUUACUUAUAACUGUUAAAUGAGAAGAAAUGGACACGACGAAUCCGAACACUUUUGAUUCGCAACGUAACUUAGGAAAAUGCCAGCGACAAAAAGAAAAUCUACCAAAUUCUGCUUUCGCAAAGCAGGCAAAAAUGCGCCAUAAUUUAGAAGACCCUUUAGCAACUGAACAACCACUGGAGCUUAGCGAUUGCAGCGAAUCAACAAAUGAAAUCCAAACAAAAUUGAAACAACUUUUAACUGAUGCAAAUGAUACAAAAAUGUCUGGGAUUUUGGAUACGUGCGCAACGCCUUCAAAACCCGUCGAGAAUACUGUAAGAAGAAAAAAAGAAUUUUUACUACCCUAUGACGUCAGACUACCUUCGCUAAACGCCGGUGACGUCACUGAUUACCAUGGCAACGAUGACGACACGAGCGACUCGGAUUCCGAGUUCUUUCCUGAUUGGUCGAGUGUCGGUUCCCAUGGAAGCAACGACGGUUGCCAUGGUAACGAGGAGCACGAACGUAGAAUCAUCGCACGCGAAAUAGCUGAUGACGUGUACAAUGACGUAUUACAACUGAGUGAUGACGAUUUCACCGAAGCCGACGACGAAGUCUUAUUUAUGUAUACAGACUCUUCCCGCCAGAUGGAGCCAGAGGGUUAG